AUGGACAAGCAUUUACCGGAGGGAAAGUUGAUGAAAAACGAGCACAAAUACCCGGGAAAAUUUAUCGCUGAGAGAGCGAGGAAUCAUGUAGUUAAUUUAACGUCCCUUGGACCCAGAGUAGCUGGUAGUUAUGCUAAUGAAGUAAGAGCUGUUAAUUAUUUAACAGCUGUGAUAAAUGACACCAUAAAACAAGCUAAUGAUAAUCAUAGGAUAGUUGUUGAUGUCACUAAACAUUCGGGUGCGUUUCCGCUUACUUUUCUCGAUGGAAUGACAAGUGUUUACAAGAAUGUCCAGAAUGUUAUUGUUAAACUGGGCCCAAGGAGAGAUCCAGAGCACAGUUUGUUGUUGAACUGUCACUUUGACUCGUUUCCCGAAAGCCCUGGUGGAUCUGAUGACGGCGCGGGUUGUGCUGUCAUGUUGGAGAUCUUGAGAGCUUCUCAUGGAUUUAUAACACAACAUCCUUGGGCUAAAGAAAUAAAAGCGUUUAUAAAUAUUGAAGCUUGUGGUGCGGGUGGCCGUGAAUUAUUAUUCCAAGCUGGUCCAGAAAAUCCAUGGAUUGUUGAAGUGUUGACUUUGCUUGGACGACCAAUGGCUACGUCUACCAUACAAAGUUCGAUACCGUGGAGCAAAUACCUCUCGGAGCGCUCCAACGCACUGGCGACAAUAUACUCGCGUUGACUCAGGGAAUAGCUACGGGGAAUUACCUAGGUAACCCAUUGAUGCAAGACCACGACGGCAGUCUUAUGUUUUUUGACUUCCUCGGAGCUUUUGUCAUCAGGUGGCCACAUUUCAUCUCGACUAUAAUAAAUAUUACGAGCAUUUUCAUCGGAGCUUAUUCUAUAUAUUUAAACAUGAAGGUUGCUCGUCAAGAGUUAAAAACUUCGACAUAUUUAAAGCAAAUAUUAAUUUGCGUCUCAAUAAUCUGUGCCUCAUGGAUAAUUUCAAUGAUGUCAGUUACAUUCAUUGCACUUAUUCUUACUAAACUUGAGAAAGUUAUGAGCUGGUACGCUAGACCAGCGUGGUUAUUUUUCCUCUAUGUUUGUCCGACACUUGCAGUUUCGAUGCUCUGUUUUUUGUAUGCAGCAAAUCGACAAAAACAAGUGGUUAACACUCCUUGGACAUUGUAUCAAUUAUACAAUGAUGCUUAUAGUGUGAUCUGGAUGUCAGCAUUGUUAGCUUGCAUUUUAUUAGAAAUACGUUCAGGUUUCAUACCAUUGCACUGGGUGAUAUUCCCAGCGUUUGGUAAUAUUAUACGACAUAGUCUCUUUGAAAAAUGGAGAGAAUGGAAAUGGCUGUGUUAUCAAGUAGGAAUAUUAAGUUUACCAUACAUGCAGUCAUUUUAUUUAGCAAUCGGCGCAUUGUAUUUAUUUAUACCGAUAAUGGGCCGAGUAGGUGCUGGAACUAAUUCAGAAGUCAUUAUGGCGAAUAUGUUGUCAAUUUUAUUUUGUUUACUUCUAAGUUUUACGAUGCCAAUGGUAAUAUUAAUUAAAAAUGCUGGACGUAUAAUAAGUGUGAUGACAGGUUUAUUUUACUUGUCAGUCGCAGUACUUAUACUAACACCUCUAGGGUUUCCUUACAGUGGCGAUGUUUCGUCACCUGCACCUCAACGAUUUAUGAUUGCGCAUACUCAAAGACAGUAUUACGAUGUAGAUGGUAUGUUAAAGUACUCAGGAACUGGAUUUUGGUUAGUAGACUUAGAUAUGAAUAGUCCUCAUAGCGUUCAGUCAAUGGUACCUGAAAUAGGUGCUGUAUUACCUACAAAUUUAGACUGUGAAGAACAAUUAUUUUGUGGUUUGCCCUAUCUUGUACCAGUUAGAAGAUUUUUAUGGAAAACAAGUUGGAUACCCGGACCAGCUCCUAAUAUAAAAAUCCCAACGCAGCUGGAAUUAUUAUCAAAAAUAGCAAAAAAGCAAACUAUAACAUUAACAUUUAAUAUUACUGGUCCUGAUCACAUAGGAAUUAUUCUGUCGCCUUACAAAGGAGUGCAUUUAAAACAGUGGAAUGUUGUCGGAGGUGAUCCACUGGCAUGUCCAUCGUGGAACGAUCGUGAAGUUUACUUCAUUUACUACGCCUGCUCAUCCGACUGUGUUCCCUAUAAUUUUUCCGUAGUUCUUAAAGUUCCAGAAAAUAAUGAAGAACCGAUUUUAACGAUCGCCUUAGCCGGGCACUUUUUGCACGGAGAAAAUCAAAAGUCACCAAAGUUUGAAAAGUUCCUCAAACAAUUCCCUUCGUGGACAGUUAUCACACCCUGGACUGCCUCUUACACUUCGUGGGAAUUUUAA